AUGAACAGAAUUCAACAAUUAACAACUGCCAAAGCUCGGUGGUAUGCUACAUAUCUGUCCCAAUCCUCUCGCGAAGUUAUCCCGUCUAUGUACCCCUUCAAACACCCCCUGAUCAACAUAUUGGCGGCUCCGAGUUCCCUAGCCUAUAUCCCGCCCACCGCUCAAGCAUUCAAUGGACAUGACAAAGAUCAAUGUGGGGUAUCUUUAUGGAGGCAAUAUGACAAGGAUGAUCGCUAUGAUCGAUGCAUCUCUUACGCUUUGGUUGCAUUGGAUGUGUAA